GUUAAUAAUGCGAACAAGAUGACGUCGAGCAAAGACGGCAAAAUUGUUGAAGACGAGGAUCUUCGUGGCCAUGCUCAACAAGAGCAAACGGCUGACGACAUGGACCCUAGUAGUUCUUCCUUUGCAAGAGACACUCUGACAAAGACGGGAAGCGAGAGUAAAGCAGACGUCGCGAGCGCAGCGGUCCACCAGCAACUGAAGAUGUUCGACCCGAUCACUAGAGCACCGGCAAACGCGGCGUCACCGUCCACGAUGCAACGCCUUCCGGCGUCAGAAAUCGCACAGCGGGAUGCGCAGGAAAUCACCGACGUAGCGAAAUCUCUGUCAUCCUCUUCUCCCCCAGAACUAGACGUGGUUGCAGCUUCCUUCAGCGGAGAGGAGGCGCAAGUACAUGAAUACGAGCAGCUGCAUGAAAAAUAUCGAGGUCUACUUGACGAAGUUGCACGACAACAGCUGCAGCUCGCAAAUGAAGCACUACUUGCUGAAGACACUGCUCGUGAUGUAAACGCGGCACUACCUGAUGCUCUUUCUGGGAGCGCAUUUUCACGCAUUCUGGAGACAACCAAUGCUGACGGAUCCUUGCAGUCUUUCGGAUCGGAUGCGGGAAUCGAGCUCUUCUUCAUGAAAGUUCUCAAGCCCUUCUUGGUGACACUUGCCACCUUCAUGCCCGGCGGGCUACUGCCUGUCCAACUAGAGUUAUGAACUGCACAUACAAGUACAAGUAGAGCUGUAAAAAAAAUUUAGCGUUGACGCAGUCACUGGGUGUGGCUCAAUAGAGCGGCUUGCUCGUUCCUACUCGACUCCUUAGCAAUGAAAAUUACUGCUCAAGCAACACGGGAUUAGGAGAGCGCCCUUUCAUCUCUAAUAAGUGAAAAAGUGGAAACUUUCACCGGCGGCGUGGCGUUAUACCUCGCACAAGCGGUAACGCCGUUGGUCGCAGAUCUUGAGCAGAAUGUUCCUGAUGAUGAGAUCAAGACCAUGACCGACAGCGAACUACUACAAGAAGACCACCAGCAUCUCUUAGAACAGGUUUCGUUGCUUCUCAGCGACCACGGUGGUGUAGAUCAAUUAGCGGUGAGCCCGGUCACGCAGGUGAAAGCAGCCGCUGGCAUUUUGCUACUUGCCGCGGUCGCUGGAAUCAUUGAGGUUCUCGUCGUAGAAGCCCUGAAGAUUCCAUUUUCCGUCGUGGAGCAGUACGAAGGUCGCCUACUUCGUUUCCUGGUGCGCUGCCGGCGUCGCAUGCUGGUUGCCGGAACUGGCGCCAACGAUGAGGAGCAGCAUGUUAAGGGUCCCAAGUCCAACACUGCACUUCCAAUGUAGCAUUACUCCGCGCUCUUUCUCUAUCCUCUCAUCCUGAAAAAUCAAGGCGGGAUGAAUUGUGGAGUGCAGUGUCUGCCUCGGGUUUCUAACUAGUAUGGCAGGGUGGACACUACAGUUGCAGUUCAGAGCCCUGAGAAGAUGAGCGGCGCUAUUUCCACGGGACCUUCUGCAGAAGCUGAGGCAAAUGGAAUUGCGACUAGUAUAAACGGGGCUGGCGGCACCAACAGUGCGGCAAGCGACGUUCCGCGUGCUAACAUGAGCAUGGAGGCCUCCAGAACUGGGGACAAACGUGGGAAGCGACGCAUCCUUUAGGGAGAGCGACGGGUUCGGCGCUUCCGUUGCUCAUACACAGCGUAUCAGAAUGAAAAAGGAAGGGAAGAAUCUCUGAUGUAGAAUAUUGUUCGUCAGAUAUCGUCAUAAGAACGCUAUAAUAAGGAGCGAGUUCUUUUCACAAUAGUGGACUUAUCCCGUGCAACAAUAAUAUUUCUCUAUGUCCACUACAUGCUUAUUAACUCCGUACCUUCCUGAGGUUUAUGUAUCUACUUGUCGAUUACUGCAUAUUUAUUGUCUGAGUCGAUGUUUGUCUACACAUAUUUAUGCUUUGCCUUGAUGAAGACGUAUUUUCUAAAGCAGAUAGUUGUCCUUAGUCGAAAGGACUGCACUAUCAUCAUUUGUUAGUUGUUAUUGUGGCUGUUCUGGAGUAGUCCGCCUGUAUAUUAUACUGUGAGGCAUAUUAUUAGUAGUGCAUACCACUUCUCUUGACCAGAUCAUGCGAGUGUCAGAAAUUUCAAAGCCUGUCGUCCUCUCUUGUGAAAAGGACAGGUAACCUCGGGAGCAAGCAUCGAGCACCCUCUCGUGCCUCUUUUUUUUUGCAAUUUUGGAUUAUCGCGUAGACGGGAGAAUAUAUUUGAUAGGGAUAGCCAGGUGGCUCGUUUUUCUCAUCAGUAGACCGGUGGAAGAGUUUCAACUUACUUUAGAGUGUUGCAGCUACAUUUAGCCAGCAUUUUCAGAAGGUCAGGUACGAAAAUGCGACGCAGCUUAGGUUGGUCCUCGGCAGUUUUUUUAAAUGCUUAUCUACAGCCUAUGCUUCUAAGAAGGAUGUUACAAGUUAGUUUUCCUUUAUUAUCGAAUCUCGACGAUGUGUGAUGUUGCGGUGCAGCUAGAUAGUGCAUAAUAUCCCUAGUCCGCUGUACGACACAAGCACGACCUUACGCGGACACUGUGCCACGUUUUUACCAGGACCUAGCACAAAAGAGAAUGCAACUAAUUUAAUUUAACCUAAACCCGUCGUCCUUGACUGGGUAUCUUUCUCAUCAUCAUCGUCACGAUCUGUGACGUAUUCUGAUAGGGGUCGUCCGAGUAAGUAAGUAUUUGGACGAUGGAAUUCGACGAGCGUGUAGAAAGAAGGUUACGAAAAAAUGAGCUUGACUACUGUUGCAUCUGAGCCACACUACACCUAGCGACUCUCUGUCAGAAUUACUGCGCACCUGCAUAUCCUAGCUGGGCUCGUCUCUAUGGCGCUUUUUGGCAGGUGCCAUAUUAAGUAUUUCCAUACAUAUCAUAUUCAAUGGUAGUGGAGAUAUACUUGAAAAACUAUUUUGAGAUGCACUGACGAUGUGCAGCUUUCCGUUCUAGAACUGGACCUCUGUAUCUGAGAAAUCAACGCCACUGGUCUGGCAAAUCAGCUAGCUCUCGAUAUCAAAUAUAGUGAAAGAGCUUAGGGCCUCAGGGUUUAGGUCUAUGAUUACAGUCACAGGACGGGGCCCGAUCCGUGCGCAUGAACGAAUGAAUGACUGAGAGUUCGACUCUUUCGUCUGAAUUUCAAUAACUAGUGCAUCCCGAGAAAGGUGUUAGGUGCAAAUGCAUAAACUUGUCGAAUGAAGAGUGGUUCUUCCGAAAAUAGUUGCCGAGAAUAUUCACGGCUCGUUGUGAAUGACAAUUACGCGACCUCGAACAGAGAAGGAUAGAUCCGUGCUAGGUUUGAGUUAUCAAAUAGUCGAGUAUAAUGAAGGUACGGACUGCGAAGUUAGUAUCAUGGUGCUUGUUUCUGUAGCCGUUGUCCAAGCGCAGACCUUGUGUAACCGUCCUCGUAGUGAGACAUCAAAAAGCAGACCUGAAAUUGCUUUUUCUGAAAUCUAAGGAGUGACUAUCAGCUGCGACGCAAGCUAAUCUCAACCUCCUGGAGCUGAGGUGCAGACGUUCGCAGAUGCAGCAAAGAAAGAUCUAUACUACUAUUACAUCUUGGGCGCAUCUUUUAAUUACUAUCAGCUGCGACGUAAUGACGAUGUUGAUCCGGACAAACAGACGGGACCACUUUUCUUGGUUCCGCCGGCAACAUACUGAAACGGGAGAUCUUCCCACUGUCAGCCAGAGCAUCCACAUCUCUCAUGCACCAUGGAGAAUGAAGACGAGAAGCUAUCCGUACACGAUGACGACCCAAGUUGCAUGCUUCCUCUGAGAUGACCGAUGUUGUUAUGCCAGAUGUCAGCAUCGAGAGUGUGAGCGCAAGAGAAACUGCUCUAGACGGAGCGAACUUUUUUCAUGAUCCUCAAAAAGAGGAUAUAUUUUUCCCUACAACUCCGUUUUCCUCCGUGAUGUUACUUAUACUUGGUAAACUCUGUUCUCUCUCGUUGUCGGUGACUUACACUCACAAUCACUGCGUCAGGUCAAUGGCUUCUAGCAAAUAGAUGUGUGUAGGAGUUGGAGUCUGGUAUUGAACACGCGUUUGUUCGAGCAAUUAUAUCCAUUUUGCAGGCUAGCUAUGGACUCGAAAUCGAAAUUUUCGAAAAACGCACUUCUCGAAGAAACUACUGCGAGAGGCCAGUCAUCCAUUGAGAAUAGGCAAGGACUGUUUCUCCUUAGAGGUGAUGCGCGUGUGUUGAGCGGUGCGAUAUACGGAAGUUAGAGGAUGCUUAGACUCCUACUAGUUUUCCUCAACAUAUUUUAGUGAGAUUCGAAAAAUUGAAAAAAGACUCGACGUUCCAGAAACUUAAUAGCAUGAGAAGCAGUGUAGUAUGCAGAGUCUAACUUUUUGUGUUGCUCUCUGGCUUAGAAUUUGGAAUGUUCGUGUUUAUCUGGAUCAAACAAAUUAGCAGAGUCUGUCUUCAGCAGAGUCACUUUAGCUGCAUUACUCGGACGAGUCGUGAAAGUAAUCGUUGCGAGGAAGACAGAUAAUUAUGAAUUAGAAUGUGCAGCAGCAAGCGUUGAGGUACAAAAACUAACUGGGAAAAUUGGCGAAGCCUUUACAUGAUCUCAACAUAGUCUUAACCUGACGGUGACCGGUGAGACUUUCCUUGCUAUUUUUCUUUGGAUCUUUCAUACUUGUUUUCUUAUUUACUUUUUUAUCACCGCUCUGUCUAGUGAUUGCGUCUACCGCAAGUGACACCGAUCAAUCAACGAUUUUUCAAUGAUAUUGCUAACUGGGAG